GCAUGUUUGAACUGAAAAAGAUUGCAACCUUUGGAAGAUAAGUAGCUCAACAAAGAAGCGUCUGAAGAAUUGUUCGUGGGAUCUGUUUUCCUUUUUGAUCCUGUAGUGAGGUUACAAUAAUUUUCUCCGUGUAUGGGUGUUUGAUCAAGGUUCAUCAUGGCUACUAGCUCCUUCAAGCUCCCAGCGAUUCAGUCGAAUGAUAAAGGAUGGGGACCUUGCGAGCCUGCAGAGGGCUUCAAAGUACCCUACCAGCAGUACAGCAAGGCAGAUAAGUUGGGAAAGGCUGCAAAUUGGACAGACUCAGCUUACCAGGAUCGUCGUUACAUGAACCGGUACAACUCGCAAUUCGCCUCCGGAGCUACCCUGUUCCAGUAUAUUCAUGAAGAGGACGAAUCGUCCUUCCAGCUUGUUGAUACUACUCGCCCGCAGCGUCCUGGAUACCUGCGUAACAGAACCCGGUUCCAGCGCAACAACAAUGCUCGCAGAGACAGAGAACGUCGCGAGGAAAGGAAGAUGGAGACAUUGUCAAAGGUACAGAAGGGUCGUGACCGGGAUCGUUUGAGAUUGCAGCGCAAAUGGCAGAAGCAAUGGUAUGGACGACGGUGGAACGAUCAGCCGAAAACGCAGCUGAAACCUCGUCAAGCAAGUGUGGAGAUUCACCCGGAAUGGAGAUGUGUACACGAAAUCGAAUUCGCACAGUUGUCCAAGCUUCAUUUCGAGGUUGAGCCAGCUGAAGAUUUGAAGACCUGCGGCAGUCUGGAGUACUACGACAAGUCUUAUGACCGUGUCACUACAAAGCACCAGCGACCGCUUGCCGGUGUGACGAGAGUGUUCCACAAGGUCACCUCCACUGAUGACCCUGUUAUAAGGAAGUUAAGCAGCGAAGGAAAUGUGUUCGCUACGGAUGCCAUCCUAGCAUGUUUGAUGAGUUGUUCACGCUCCGUGUACAGUUGGGAUAUCAUUGCUCAGCGUGUUGGCAACAAGCUCUUCUUGGACAAGCGUGACAACUCGCAGUUCGAUCUUCUCAGUGUUUCAGAAACUGCCACGGAACCUCCACAAGAUGAAGGUGCCAGUAUCAAUGCACCGGCCAACCUUGCUCUGGAGGCUACCUUCAUCAACCAGAACUUCUCGCAGCAAGUGCUUAAGCGUGGCAGUGAACGUCACCAGUUUGCCGAAUCGAAUCCGUUUGUCACGGAAGAUGACGAGGGAGAGGUUGCUUCGGUCGGGUAUCGCUACAGGAAGUGGAAUCUUGGAGAGGACAUUACGCUGGUAGCCCGCUGUGAGCACGAUGCUGUGUCUACAACGAAACCCGGUGGUGAGCUGCAGUACAUGAGCAUCAAGACACUCAACGAAUGGGAUCCCAAGGUGGCCGGUGUUGACUGGCGCCAGAAGCUGGACAACCAGCGCGGUGCUGUCCUUGCAACUGAGCUGAAGAACAACUCGUGCAAGCUUGCCAAGUGGACGCUGUCCGCACUGCUCGCCGGCUCGGACAUCAUCAAGUUUGGCUAUGUGUCCCGUGUCAGCCCGCGUGAUUCCUCCAAGCAUGCCAUCCUUGGCACACAGCAGUUCAACCCAAAUGAGUUCGCUGCUCAGAUCACCCUGGACAUGUCCAACUGCUGGGGUGUGCUGCGAGUCAUCAUCGACGCUCUCAUGGGUAUGCAGAGUGGCAAGUACCUGAUCGUCAAGGACCCUAACAAGCCGGUCAUGCGUAUCUACAGCAUCCCGCAGAACACGUUUGAAAGUGACGAUGAUGAUGAGGAGGAGGAUAGUGAAGAGGAAGACGACGACGAGGAGGAAAAGGAAGAAGAGGCUUGAUGAGAUCAUCUUCCGUUUCUGCACAUGGAGGACACCCACUCUUAAUGGCGUGAGAUUUGUGUGCUACAGAAUUAGUUGUGUGCUCAUGCUGUACGCCCAGUGCAGCUCCCGGAUGCUCUGCUGUUGCUUUGUUUAGUACGGUGUCACCACUGUAUGCACCAUGUACAUACAUGUACAUACAUGUCCCGUGUAUGUGUAGCAGCGCUGGGGAGAACUGGCAUGGGAUCCCGUCGAUAGCGGGCACUCUGGCGGGCUCGACUGCGCAUUCCGCACGCACUCUGUGGCCGUGUUGCCUGUGAGAACUACUGCUCUCUCCGUUUCUUUUCACCCAUGCAGGCUGUACAGGUUGUUUUUAUAUAUCGGUAGUCUUUUUUUUUCACUGCAGGCUUUGCCCUGUGCCGGUCAGUAUCCUAACAUAAUGAACAUGUAUGUACCUUCCACAUCACAUGGACUGCUCUUUUUCAUGCUUUCUCCCGUUUUUAGCUGAUUCUUACUUUAGUCCGUGUGACCAUGUGUGGGUGUUUCAUUAUAAUGUUUCCUAAUGUUGCCCAUGUUGUUACCUGUAUUGGCCUCUAAAUAUUUUGCUAUGCCCACUCGGUGCUUGGUA